CACCACCAAGUAAAAGCAAAGAUGCAACCGUCACAAUCUCGUGAUAUGCGUUCCUCUGCUAAAAGGACUUGGAGUACAUAAAAAAAAAAGUAUUUCGAGAACGUAGUUGAAAAGUGUAGAUGGAAGCCAAAAAACAAUAUCAACUAAAAUUACGCAACGGCUGUAUAGCUUCCCGCUAAAUAAGUCAAGACGAGAGUGUUCACAGACGUAUUUCGGAUCAGUCGAGGCCGACCGUCUGAUACGGUGAAAAGUAUACCUGAAACUGUGCGAAACAGCAUUUACAAUUCCGCUAUGGCACUCCAAAGAUUGCAAAUUCAACAUUGUCGAGUGUUUUCUAGUUUGAUCAAUAACCAAUUUAAUCUUCGACGAAAUCAGUCUGUUUUGGCAACACCUGACGAAAAUCCCAGGAUUUUAAUCACCGGUGGACUGGGUCAACUUGCAACUGGAUUGGCUAAAAUCCUACGUGAAAAGUAUGGCAAAGACAAUGUCAUCAUAUCCGACAUUCUUAAACCAUCGAAAGAAGAUUUUAAUCCGUGGACGAGCCGUGCUGUAUAAGAGCAUGCCAAGAUUGAUAGCCGUGCCAAUCAAAAUGCCUUGCGACAGACCGACAAAGACGCAAAAGACGAACGUAAAGCCAAAAGGCACUAAAUCAAUUGCUGCGUUUCAACCAGUUGAAAUUAGUCCAACGU